AUGCACCAGGCCCAGCCAUGGCCCGGAUAUCCAAGGAACUCGGAUUGUCACCUGGCUGGGCUCAAAUUCACCGUCUCCGAUGCGCACUUCGUGGUUCAAGCUCGCGAGACACCACGCUUCACACCUCUAGGACAGUCACCAGAGCUUUCCAAGAUGUUCCUACAGGCUAUUAGGCAGAACCUCCCGAACACUACAGCAGACACAGCCGCCAUGAUGUGGAAACAUGUCAUUGGCCGGCCGGGGCUUCUUCCAUCUGCACCUGGCGAGAUUGUGGGAGGGCCAAAGUGCUUCCUUACAACAUACCCUAGGUGCGCGCAUGACUCGAGCAUCGCCCCUACAGACGACCACCCCCUCUAAGCACUUCCUCUCUCAUAUCAACUACGACUAUGCAGACGCUGAAGCUUAGUCUUCUCUCUUCUUCCCUGCCAAUACGCCGUCAAUCCGGAAGCUCCCCCUUGCCCGGAAUGUGUACCGUCGCGCCCCAUAGGGCUAGGGUCAUUACGAUGAUACCAAAAGCGGGCAAGAUGGCUAUGUGUGCCUGUGACGCCCACUUCCCGUCAGAAAGAAAUUUGUUUGUUUGGGUUGGGGCUGCUCCGUGAUAACAGACUAACUCCUGGGAGCCUUUCGCCGUUAAUGUACUCGUGUAGGUUUACUGUGUUGUUUUCUCGGCCUGGUAGAGGUGAUGAACUAUAUAGCGAAGACGGGGGAGACACGAUUAGCAUAUUACUUCGCCGCGCUACAUUUCCCACACUUAACUCCUCUGGCAGCUUUCGUCUUUGCUGAUCGUUAUCUCGCUCCCAUUACUCUGGACAACAUGAACGAAGGGAACAAAAAGAAAUCGCGCCAGGAGUCUAGGUAAUACUAAGAGCGGGGGGGGGGGGCGUUGCAUGGAUGAUUUCACCGA